CAUUCCCACUGCACCUGCCCGGAGCCCAGCCGGCUGUACGUCCCAGGGAGCCCGCGAGCCGGGCAGCGGACAGAACCGCACUGCCGGCAGCCAGCAUGGGCCCGCCGAGGUCCGCGCUGUGGCUGCUGCUGGGGCUGCUGCUGCUGCUCCUGGACGCCGGGGCCCAGGCCGAAGACAAAGCGCCAGAAAAUGUCAGCCCAAGCUGUCUGAAAGAGGCAACUCGAUUCAAGCACCUCCGGAAAUACAUUUACAGCUAUGAGGCCGAGAGUUCCAGUGGCAUCCCUGGGACUGCUGAUUCUAGAAGUGCCACCAAGAUCAACUGCAAGGUUGAGCUGGAGGUUCCCCAACUCUGCAGCUUCAUCCUGAAGACCAGCCAGUGCACCCUGAAAGAGGUGUAUGGCUUCAACCCCGAGGGCAAGGCCCUGCUGAAGAAGACCAAGAACUCUGAGGAGUUUGCAGCUGCCAUGUCCAAGUACGAGCUCAGGCUGGCCAUUCCUGAAGGGAAGCAAGUUCUCCUCUACCCAGAGGAGAACGAGCCUAAGCACAUCUUGAACAUCAAGAGGGGCAUCGUUUCUGCCCUCCUGGUUCCCCCGGAGACAGAAGAGGCCACGCAAGUGUUGUUUCUGGAUACCGUGUAUGGAAACUGCUCCACAAAUGUGAUGGUGAAGACAAGGAAGGGGAGUGUGGCCACAGAGAUGUCCACCGAAAGAAAUCUGCAGCAAUGUUCUGGCUUCCAGCCCAUCAGCACAGGUGCCAGCCCCCUGGCCCUCGUCAAAGGCCUGGUCCGCCCCUUGUCCACUCUGAUCAGCAGCAGCCAGUCCUGCCAGUACAGCCUGGACUCCAAGAGGAAGCACGUGUCAGAAGCCAUCUGCAAGGAGCAACACCUGUUCCUGCCUUUCUCCUACAGGAAUAAGUAUGGGAUGAUGACCCAGGUUACACAGACUUUGAAACUUGAAGACACACCUAAGAUCAAUAGCCGCUUCUUUGGGGAAGGCUUCCAGAUGGUGGGGUUGGCCUUUGAGAGCACUAAAUCUACGUCACUGCCGAAGCAGGCCGAGGCUGUUUUGAAGACCCUCCAGGAACUGAAAAAACUGUCCAUCUCUGAGCAGAAUGCCCAGAGAGCAAAUCUCUUCAACAAGCUGGUCACUGACCUGAGAAGCCUCAGCACUGAGGCAAUCACGUCCCUCCUGCCGCAGCUGAUCGAGGUAUCCAGCCCCAUCACUUUGCAAGCCUUGGUUCAGUGUGGACAGCCCCAGUGUUAUACCCAUGUCCUCCAGUGGCUGAAAAGUGAGAAAGCUCACCCGCUUCUGAUAGACGUCGUGACCUACCUGGUGGCUCUGAUUCCAGACCCCUCAGUGCACAGGCUGCGCGAGAUCUUCAGCAUAGCCAAGGAGCAGCAGAGCCGGGCCACCCUGUACGCGCUGAGCCACGUGGUCAACAACUAUUUUGAAACGACCCAUACACUGAACCAGGACCUGCAGGACAUCGCUAACUACCUCCAGGAGCAGAUCCACAAUCAGUGUGCUGGGGAUGAGGAUCACACUUACUUGAUUCUGAGGGUCAUUGGAAAUAUGGGUAGAACCUUGGAGAACAUAACACCAAUGAUCAAGUCUUUGGUCCUAAGAUGUAUCAGAAGCUCAAAGCCAUCUGUGCUGAUUCAGAAAGCUGCUAUCCAGGCCCUGAGAAAGAUGGAACUUGGAGAUGAGGCCCAGCAGCUCCUUCUUCAGACUUUUGUCCAUAGUGCCUCUCCAGUGGAGAAGCGACUGGCUGCGUACCUCAUGCUGAUGAAGGGGCCUUCCCAGCCGGUUAUUAACAAAAUCAUCCAACUUCUCCCACGGGAGGAGAAUGAACAAGUGAAGAACUUUGUGGCUUCUCACAUUGCCAACAUCUUGAACUCGGAAGAAUUGUAUAUUGGAGAUCUGAAAAACUUAGUGAAAGAAGCUCUGAAGGAUUCUCAACUUCCAACAAUCAUGGACUUCAGAAAAUUUUCUCGGAACUAUCACUUUUCCAAAUCUAUUUCUCUUCCUUCACUUGACCCAGUCUCCGCCAAAAUUGAAGGGAAUCUGAUAUUUGAUCCAAAUAAUUAUCUUCCUAAAGAAAGCAUGCUGAAAACCACCCUGACUGUCUUUGGAUUUGCUUCAGCUGAUCUCUUCGAGAUUGGCUUAGAAGGAAAAGGCUUUGAGCCAACACUGGAAGCUCUUUUUGGGAAGCAAGGAUUUUUCCCAGAUAGUGUCAGCAAGGCUUUAUAUUGGGUCAAUGGUCAAGUUCCUGAUCAUGUCUCCAAGGUCUUGGAGGACCACUUUGGCUAUACCAAAGAUGAAAAACAUGAGCAGGACAUGGUAAAUGGAAUCAUGCCCAUUGUCGACAAGCUGAUUAAAGAUUUGAAAUCAAGAGACAUCCCAGAAGCCAGAGCCUAUCUCCGCAUCCUGGGAAAAGAGCUUGGCUUUUUCAAGCUUCAAGACCUCCAGCUCCUGGGAAGGCUACUGCUGAGUGGCGCUCGCACGCUGCAGGGAAUCCCCCAGAUGAUUGGAGAGGCCAUUAGGGAAGGCUCAAAGAAUGACUUGUUUCUUCACUACAUCUUCAUGGACAAUUCCUUUGAGCUCCCCACUGGAAUGGGAUUACAGUUGCAAGUGUCUUCAUCUGGAGUCAUCACCCCAGGGACCAAAGCCGGAGUGAAACUGGAAAUGGCCAAUAUGCAAGCUGAUCUGGUGAUGAAGCCCUCUGUGUCCGUGGAGUUUGUGACAAAUAUGGGCAUCAUCGUGCCAGACUUUGCACGGAGUGGGGUCCAAAUGAACACCAACUUCUUCCAUGAGUCAGGCCUGGAGGCCCGCGUGGCCUUGAAAGCUGGGGCGCUGAAGUUCAUCAUUCCUGCUCCAAAGAGGUCUAUCAAGCUAUUCAGUGGCAGCAACACACUGCAUUUGGUCUCUACCACCAAAACGGAAGUGAUCCCACCUCUCAUUGAGAACAGGCAGCACUGGUCAACUUGCAGGCCUUUUAUCAGUGGUCUGAACUACUGUACCACCGGUGCUUACUCCAAUGCCAGCUCCACAGAGUCUGCCUCCUACUACCCACUGACAGGGGACACCAGGUAUGAGCUGGAACUGAAGCCUACAGGAGAGGUAGAGCAGUAUUCUGCCAGUGCAACCUAUGAACUCCAGAGAGAGGACAAAGCGUUAGUGGACAGGCUGAAGUUUGUCAUCCAGGCAGAAGGUGUGAAGCAGACUGAAGCUGCUUUAAUGUUCAAGUAUAAUCGACGGAGCAGGACUUUAUCCAGUGAAAUGCAAAUUCCAGAUUUUGACGUUAAUCUUGGGACGAUCCUGAGAGUCAGUGAUGAAUCUUCUAAGGACAAAAAGUCUUACAAACUCAACCUAGACAUUCAAAACAAGAAAAUUACUGAGGUUGCAUUCACGGGCCACAUAAGUCAUGACACAAAAGGAGAAGGCAAAAUCAAAGGCGUUAUUUCCAUACCCCGUUUGCAAGCAGAAGCCAGAAGUGAGAUCCUAACCCACUGGCUCUCCACCAAACUGCUGCUUCAAAUGGACUCCUCCGCUACAGCUUAUGGCUCAACCAUUUCCAAGAGGGUGGCAUGGCGCUACGAUGAUGAGAAGAUCGAAUUUGAAUGGAACACAGGGACCAAUGUGGAUACUAAAAAAGUGGCCUCCAAUUUCCCUGUGGACCUCUCUGAGUAUCUUACAAGCUUACAUAUGCAUGCCAAUAGUCUCCUAGAUCACAGAAUUCCUCAAAUAGACAUGACUUUCUCAGAAAUGGGUUCCAAAUUAAUGGCUACAACAAACACAUGGCUCCAAGAAGCAUCCAAUAGUCUUCCUUAUGCCCAGAUUUUGCAAGAUCAUCUCAGUGGCCUAAAAGAGCUGAACCUCCAAAAAAUGGGAUUACCAUAUUUCCACAUCCCUGACAACCUCUUCUUAAAAAGUGAUGGCCGACUCAAAUAUGUCUUGAACAAGAACAGCAUUGAAGUUGAAAUUCCUUUGCCUUUCGGUGGCAAGUCUUCCAAAGAUUUAAAGAUGUUAGAGACCAUUAGGACACCAGCCCUCAGCUUCAAAUCUGUGGGAUUCCACCUACCAUCUCAGGAGUUCCAAGUCCCCACUUUUACCAUUCCCAAAUUGUAUCAACUGCGAGUGCCUCUCUUGGGUGUGCUAGACCUCUCCACAAAUGUGUACAGCAACUUGUACAAUUGGUCUGCCUCCUACACUGGUGGCAACACCAGCAGAGAUCACUUCAGCCUCCAAGCUCGGUACCACAUAAAGGCUGACUCUGCAGUCAACCUGCUUUCUUAUAGCGUACAAGGAUCUGGAGAAACAACAUAUGACCACAGGAACACAUUAACAUUGUCAUGUGAUGGAUCCCUACGGCACAAAUUUCUGGAUUCAAAUAUUAAAUUCAGUCAUGUAGAAAAAAUUGGAAACAACCCAGCCUCAAAAGGUGUACUAACAUUUGAUGCAUCUAGUACCUGGGGACCACAGAUGUCUGCUUCAGUCCACUUGGAUUCAAAAAAGAAACAACAUUUGUAUGUCAAAGAUGUCAAGAUUGAUGGGCAGCUCAGAGCCUCUCCGUUCUAUGCUAAAGGCACUUAUGGCCUGACAUGUCAGAGGGAUCCUACCACGGGCCAGCUAAGUGGGGAGUCCAACCUGAGAUUUAACUCCUCCUACCUCCAGGGCACCAACCAGAUAACAGGAAACUAUGAGGAUGGCACCCUUUCCCUCACCUCCACCUCUGAUCUCCAAGGUGGCAUCCUUAAAAACACUGCUUCCCUGAAGUAUGAAAACUAUGAACUGACUCUGAAAUCUGACACCAAUGGGAAGUAUGAGAAUUUUGCCACUUCUAACAAGGUGGAUCUGACCUUCUCUAAGCAAAACACAUUGCUACGCUCUGAGUACCAGGCUGAUUACAAAUCAUUAAGGUUCUUCUCCCUGCUCACAGGAUCGCUGAAUUCCCAUGGUGUUGAAUUAAAUGCUGACAUCCUGGGCACUGACAAAAUUAACACCGGUGCUCACAAGGCAACACUAAGGAUUGCCCGGGAUGGAAUCUCUACCAGUGCAACAACCAACUUGAAAUACAGCCCCCUGUUUUUGGAGAAUGAACUAAAUGCAGAGCUUGGCCUCUCUGGGACAUCUAUGAAAUUAACAGCGAAUGGCCGCUUCAGAGAACACAGCGCAAAAUUCACCCUCGACGGAAAAGCCGCCCUCACAGAGGUGUCACUGGGAAGUGCUUAUCAGGCCAAUAUUAUGGGCAUGGACAGCAAGAACAUUUUCAACUUCAAAGUCAGUGGAGAAGGACUGAAGCUCUCAAAUGACCUGAUGGGCUCCUACGGUGAAAUGACACUGGACCAUGCCAACAGUCUGAGCAUUGCAGGUUUAUCCCUAGAGUUCUCUUCAAAACUUGACAACAUCUACAGCACUGACAAGUUUUAUAAGCAAAAUUUUAACUUUCAGCUUCAGCCUUUUUCUCUUGUAACUAGUUUAAACAAUGACCUGAAAUACAGUGCUCUGGAUCUGACCAGCAGUGGGAAGUUACGGCUAGAACCACUGAAGCUGAAUGUAGGCGGUAACCUGAAAGGAGCCUACCAAAAUAAUGAAAUAAAACACAUCUACACCAUUUCUUAUGCUGACUUAUCAGCAAGCUACAAAGCAGAUACUCUAGCUAGGAUUCAGGGUACAGAGUUUAGCCAUCGGCUCAACACGGGCAUCACCGGGCUGGCUGCAUCCAUUGACGUCAGCACCAACUAUCACUCAGACUCCCUGCGUUUCAGCAAUGCCUUCCACUCUGCAAUGGCCCCAUUUACCGUGGCCAUCGAUGCACACAUGAAUGGCAAUGGGAAACUGACUCUCUGGGGAGAACACACCGGGCAGCUGUAUAGCAAAUUCCUGUUGAAAGCAGAACCUUUGGCUCUCACUUUCUCUCAUGACUACAAAGGAUCCACAAGUCACAAUCUCUUGUCCAGGAAAAGCAUCAGUAUGGCCCUGGAUCACAAACUCAAUGUCCUGCUUGUUCCGAGCGAGCAAAGUAGCACCUGGAAACUCAAGACCCAACUGAACAACAAUGAGUACAGCCAGGACUUUGAUGCUUACAACACUAAAGAUAAAAUAGGUGUAGAGCUCAGUGGGCGAGGCCUGGCUGACCUCACUGUGCUGGACUCCCCAAUUACAGUGCCGUUUUUGCUCAGAGAGCCGAUCAAUGUCCUUGAUGCUUUACAGAUGAAAGAGGCUGUCGAGCAGCCCAAAGAAUUCACAGUUGUUGCUUUUGUAAAAUAUGAUAAGAACCAAGAUGUCCACAGUGUCAACCUCCCUUUCUUUAAAACACUGCCAGAAUAUUGGGAGAGAAAUCGAAUAAUAAUUAUAACUGCCCUGGAAACCAUACAGAGAGAACUGAAACGCAUCAAUAUUGAUCAGUUUGUGAGGAAAUACAGAGGAGGACUGGGCAAACUCCCACAGCAAGUUAAUGAUUAUCUAAAUGCAUUGAACUGGGAGAGCCAGGUUGCCAGUGCCAAGGAAAAACUGACUGCUUUUGCAGAAAAUUAUAGAAUCACAGAAAAUGAUCUACAAACUGCAUUGAAUAAUGCCAAAAUCAACUUUAAUGAAAAACUCUCUCAACUUCAGACAUAUGUGAUACAAUUUGAUCAGUAUAUUCAAGAUAAUUAUGAUCUACAUGCUUUAAGAAUAGCUAUUACUAAGAUUAUUGAUCAAAUUAUUGAAAAUUUAAAAAUUCUUGAUGAACAUUAUCAUAUCCGUGUAAAUUUAGUAAGAACAAUCCACAAUCUAUAUUUGUUUAUUGAAAACGUUAAUUUUAACAAAAUGGCAAGUAGUACAGCAUCUUGGAUUGAAAAUGUAGAUACUCAGUACCAAAUAAAAGUCCAAAUACAGGAAAAAUUACAGCAGAUCAGAACACAGAUUCAGAAUAUAGACAUGGAGGAGCUUGCUGCAAAGUUAAAACAACAGGUUGAGGCUAUUGAUGUCAGAGUACUUGUAAAUCAAGUGAGAACUACAGUUCCAUUUCAAAAGAUACAGAACAUUAUUGAGUAUGUCAAAUACUUUGUGAUAAAUCUUAUUAAAGAUUUUGAAGUAACUGAGAAAAUCAAUGCCUUUAGAGCUAUAGUCCAUGACUUAAUUAAGAAAUAUGAAGUAGACCAACAGAUGCAAGUUUUAAUAGAUAAAUCAAUACAGUUAGCCCACCAAUAUAAGCUGAAGGACACAGUGCAGAAACUAAGCAAUGUCCUACAACGAGUUGAUAUAAAAGAUUACUAUGAGAAAUUGCUUGUGUUUAUUGAUGAUAUUAUCAGGCAGCUUAAAGCAUUUUCUUUUGAAAAAAUCAUUGAAGAGAUAAACCUGUUGCUUGACAUGUUGGUAAAGAAAUUAAGAUCAUUUGACUACCACCAGUUUGUAGAUGAAACCAACAAUACAAUCCGUGAAGUUAUUCAGAUAAUCAAUGGUGCAUUUCAGGGGCUGGACCUGCCCCAGAAAGCUGAAGCACUCAAACUGUUUGUAGAGGAUGUCAAGGUCAUGCUUUCUGCCUUUCUGGAAAAGCUAAAGGACACCAAAAUAACCUUAUUUGUUGAUUGGCUAAAGGAUGCACUAAAUUCUGCAUAUUUCAUUCCCAUAAAAGCAAAAUUCCAAGAAACUCUGGAAGAUAUAAGAGACCGAAUUUACCAAAUGGACAUUCAACAAGAACUUGAGCGAUACCUGUCUCUAGUAGGUCAAGUUUACAGCACAGUUGUCACCUACAUCUCUGACUGGUGGAUUCUUGCUGCUAAGAACCUCACUGACUUUGCAGAGCAAUAUUCUAUCCAAGACUGGGCUGAAAAUGUGAAAGCUUUGGUAGAACAAGGGCUCACUGUCCCUAAAAUUCAGACCAUUCUUGGGACCAUGCCUGCCUUUGAAGUCAGUCUUCGUGCUCUUCAGCAAGCUUCCUUUCAGACUCCUGACUUCAUAGUUCCGCUGACAGAUUUGAGGAUUCCAUCAGUUCAGAUAAACUUCAAAGAACUGAAAGAUAUAAAAAUUCCAUCCAGAUUUUCCACGCCUGAAUUCACCAUUCUCAACACAUUCCACAUUCCUUCCUUUACAAUUGAUUUUUUAGAAAUAAAAGUCAAGAUUAUCAGGACCAUUGAUCAGAUGCUGAACAGUGAGUUCCAGUGGCCAGUUCCAGAAGUAUACCUGAGGGACCUGAAGGUGGAGGACAUCCUUCCUGCCAGAGUCAUUCUGCCAAAUUUCCAUUUACCAGAAAUCGUAAUUCCACAAUUUGUAAUCCCAAAUAUCAACCUUACAGAGUUUCAAGUUCCUGACCUUCAUGUACCAGAAUUCCAGCUUCCUCCCAUUUCACACACUGCUGAAAUACCUGCUUUUGGCAAGCUGAGUAGCCUUUUGAAAAUCCAGUCUCCCAUUUUCUCCAUAGAUGCAAAAGCUGACAUACGCAAUGUAACUACUUCAGAGCACCGAGCAGGCAUCGAAGCUUCCAUAGAUGCCAAAGGAGAGUCCAAAUUCACAGUUUUCAAUUUUGAUUUUCAAGCAAAUGCACAACUCGUGCGGCCUAAGAUUAAUCCACUGUUUCUGAAGGAAUCCAUGAAUUUCUCCAGUAAGUACCUGCGAAUGGAGCAUGAAAGUGAAAUACUAUGUUCUAUAAAUGCCAUUGAUGGAAAAUCAGACACUGUGGUAAGUUUACGUACAGAAAAAAAUAUACUGGAGCUUAAUAAUGGCAUGACGCUCAAGAUAAAUCGGCAGGUUACCCUGAACAGCCACACAAAGUACUCCCACAAAUUGAACAUCCCCAAGCUGGACUUCUCCAGCAAAGCUGACCUAAGUAAUGAUGUCAAGAUGCUCUUGGGAGCUGGACACGCAGCACUCUCCUCUUCUGGAGCAGGGUCAUGGAAAUGGGCCUGUCCCAACUUCUCAGAUGAAGGAACACAUGAAUCACAAAUCAGCUUUACUGUAGAAGGACCCCUUGUCUCCCUUGGAUUAGCCAAUAAGAUCAACAGCAAACACUUAAGAGUAACCCAGAUCUUGGCUUAUGAAUCUGGCUUCCUCAACUUUUCUAAAUUUGAAAUUCAGUCAGAUGUUGAAUCCCAGCAUGUGGGCCACAGCAUUCUCACUGCUAAAGGCAUAGCCUUGCUUGGAAAAGGGAAGGCAGAAAUAACUGGAGACCACAAUGCUCAUUUAAAUGGUAAAGUUAUUGGAACUUUGAAAAACUCUCUUUUCAUUUCAGCUCAGCCAUUUGAGAUUACUGCAUCCACAAAUAAUGAAGGGAAUUUGAAAGUUAGUUUUCCCUUAAAAUUGACAGGGAAGAUAGACUUUCAGAAUAACUAUGCACUACUUCUGAGUCCUGCUGCCCAGCAAACAAGUUGGCAAGCAAGUGCUAGGUUCAACCAGUAUAAGUACAAUCAGAACUUCUCUGCCACUAAUAAUGAGAACAGCAUUGAAGCUCACGUAUCAAUCAAUGGAGAUGCCAACCUGGAUUUCUUAAACAUUCCUUUAACAAUUCCUGAAAUGAAUCUACCUUAUACAACACUCACAACUCCCUCACUGAAAGAUUUCUCCAUAUGGGAAGAAACGGGCUUGAAGGAAUUCUUGAAAACAACGAAGCAAUCAUUUGAUUUAAAUGUAAAGAUUCAGUAUAAGAAAAACAAAGACAAGCAUUCCAUUGCAGUUCCUCUGGGUGUAUUUUAUAAGUUUAUCAGUGAGAAUGUUAAUUCCUUGGACAUCUACUUUGAGAAUGUCAGAGAUGAUGCAUUGGAUUUUCUUACUACAUCCUAUAACAAGGCCAAAAACAAGUUGGAUAAGUAUAAAGCUGAAAAAUCUCUCAACACUCUCCCCAGGACCUUUCAGAAUCCUGGAUACACCAUUCCAGUUGUCAACAUUGAAGUGUCUCCAUUCUCAGUGGAGAUGUCACCCCUCAGCCAUGUGAUUCCCAAAGCAAUCAACACCCCCAGUUUCACUGUCCCUGGUUCUGACUUCUAUGUACCUUCAUACACAUUAGUUCUGCCAUCCCUUAAAUUGCCAGAGCUUCAUAUCCCUAGGAAUCUACUCAAGCUUUCUCUCCCAGAUUUCAAGGAGUUGAGUGCUGUAAACAAUAUUUUUAUUCCAGCCAUGGGCAAUAUUACCUAUGAUUUUUCCUUUAAAUCCAGCGUCAUCACCCUGAAUACCAAUGCUGGACUUUAUAACCAAUCAGAUAUUGUUGCUCAUUUCCUUUCUUCUUCGUCAUUAGUCAUCGAUGCACUGCAGUACAAACUAGAGGGCACUUCACGUCUGACGAGGAAAAGAGGAUUGAAGUUAGCCACGGCUCUCUCUCUGAGUAACAAAUUUGUGGAAGGCAGUCAUGACAGUACCGUCAGCUUCACCAAGAAAAAUAUGGAAGCAUCAGCAACCACAACCGCAAAAGUCCACAUUCCAGUUUUGAGAAUGAAUUUCAAGCAAGAACUUAAUGGAAAUACCAAGUCAAAACCUGCUGUCUCUUCAUCCAUUGAACUAAAGUACAACUUCAAUUCCCCAAAGCUGUUCUCCACUGCAAAAGGAGCGAUUGACCACAAGCUCAGCUUAGAAAGCCUCACUUCUUACUUUUCCAUUGAGUCAUCCACCAAAGCUGAUAUGAAAGGUUUGGUCCACUCACGGGAAUAUUCAGGAGCAAUUGCCAGUGAGGUUAGCACUUACCUGAAUUCCAAGGUUACUCGGUCUUCAGUGAAGUUGCAAGGUUCUUCUAAAGUUGACGGUAUCUGGAACGUUGAAGUAAAAGAAAAUUUUGCUGGGGAAGCCACUCUCCUACGAAUAUAUGCCAUGUGGGAACACAGUAUGAAAAACCACUUACAGCCAUGCAGGCAAUUUUCCACACAUGGAGAACAUACAAGCAAAGCCACCCUAGAACUGUCCCCAAGGACAAUAUCUGCCCUUAUUCAGGUUCGUGCACACGAGCUCAAUUCUGUCCUUGGCAUUCCUCACUUUGGGCAGGAAGUGGCCCUGAAUGCUAAUACUAAGAACCAGAAGUUCAGCUGGAAGAGUGAUGUUCAGGUUCACUUUGGGGCUCUCCAAAACAGUCUACAGCUUUCUAAUGACCAAAAAGAAGCACGCUUUGACAUUGCAGGAUCUUUAGAAGGACAUCUACACUUCCUCAAAUUUAUCAUCCUACCAGUGUAUGACAAGAGCUUAUGGGACCUCCUAAAACUGGAUGUAACCACCAACUCUCAAAAGAGACAAUAUCUUCAUGCUUCAACUGCUCUUGUGUACACCAAAAACCCCAAGGGCUAUCCUUUGUCUGUCCCUGUGCAAGAACUGACUGAUAAAUUCAUUAUCCCAGGGCUAAAACUAAAUGAUCUGAACUCAGAACUUAUCAUACCUGCAUUCCAAGUACCAUUUACAGAUCUUCAGAUUCCAUCCUACAAGCUUGACUUCAAUGAAAUAAAAAUCUACAAGAAGUUAAGUACAUCAUCAUUUGCCCUCAACCUACCAGCAUUACCCCAGGUAAAAUUCCCCCAAGUGGAUGUCUUAACAAAAUAUUCUGAACCAGAAGAUUCCUCGGUUCCUUUUUUUGAGAUAACUAUGCCUGAAGUUCAGCUAACUGUGUCCCAAUUCACUCUUCCAAAAAAUCUUUCAGUUGGCAGUGCUGUUUUGGAUCUCAGUGAGGUAGCCAACAUGAUUGGAGACUUUGAGCUGCCUACCAUUACUGUGCCUGAGCAGACAAUUGAGAUUCCUUCCAUCAAGUUCUCCGUACCUGCUGGAGUUUUCAUUCCUCUUUUUGGAGCAUUGACUGCACGUUUUGGGGUGUCCUCUCCCCUUUAUAAUGCCACCUGGAAUGUUGGGCUGAGAAACAAUGCAGAUCAUGUUGAAACUUUCCUGGAUUCCACAUGCAGCUCAACCUUACAGUUCCUGGAAUAUGACCUAAAUGUUGUGGGAACACACAAAAUUGAAGACGGCAUGCUCAGCUGCAAGACCAAAGGAACAUUUGCCCAUCCUGACCUCAGCGCAGAAUAUAAAGAAGAGGGCAAAUAUAAAAGUCUUGAGGACUGGGAAGGGGAGAUGAGCCUAGACAUCAUAAGCCCAGCCUUCACCGAGCUCCAUUUGCGCUACGAAGAAGAUGAGAAUAGCAUGUCCUCCUCAGCAGCCUCUCCGGCCAUAGGCACUGUGGGCCUGGAUUUAGGAAAAGAAGGUGACCACAGCUUCAAAUGGAACUUCUACUUCCAACCUCAGUCCUCUCCGGACAAAAAACUCAAUAUAUUCAAAACUGAGUGGAGGUACCAGGCAUCUGAUGAUAAAAUUCAGAUGAAAUUUAACUGGGAAGAAGAAGCAGUUUCCAGAUUGCUGGGAUCUCUAAAGGACAAUGUACCAAAGGCCACAGGAGCCUUUUAUGACUAUGCUGACAAGUACCAUCAGGAGUACACAGGACUCACCCUGAAAGAUGCUUCUUCAAAGCUAAAGAGAAGUCUGCAGGAGAGUGCUGAAGGAGCCUACCAAAAAGCCAUGAGGCAGCUUGAUGAGGUGGAGGUACAGUUCCACAGAGCAGCUAGUGGCACAACAGGAACCUACGAGGAGUGGAAGGAAAAGGCCGAGGAUCUAUACCGGGAACUGUUGGCUGAGGAGGGACAAGACAAUUCCCAGAGACUCAAAGCUAAAAUCUUUGACAGUUUAACACAAGUUACUCAGGAGUCCCAGAUGGCAGUCAAGCAUCUGUUCGAUUCAUUCAUUGAUUUCCUGCAGCUCACCAGAAUCCAGUUCCCAGGGAUAGCCGGGACAUACACUAGAGAUGAACUCUGCACAAUGGUCAUAAGGGAAAUUGGGAAAGUACUGUCCCAGGUGUAUUCAAAUAUCCAUAAUGGGUUAGAGAAGCUGCUUUCCUUUGUCCAAGACCUAGUGGGAAAAUCUGAACUAAUCAAAGACCUGCAGAUAAAGUUUCCUUUUGAUUCAGAACCCUAUAAACCAGCAGAAUUGAUUCUCAAUUAUAGGAAACUGUUGGAAUCUUAUUCACAAGAAGUCCAAGAGGCAUUUAUUGACCUCCAGUCUACCAAAUUUUCAGAAAAACUGCGUUACCUCCAGAGCCUUUUACAAAGAGUUUUCCAAGAAAUAGAAGCAGAAAUUAAAUCCUUAAAGGAGACCAGAUUUAUUCACCUCAUUAAUACUAUAAACACAAUCUUCAACACAUAUAUCCCAUUUGCUUUUGGUGUGCUGAAAGAAAGCCUAUGCCUUCACCUCACAAAGCUCAAUGAAUUUGUUCAAAUCAAUCUUCAGCUUGCUUUUCAGGGGUUGCAGCAGAUCCAUCAAUAUAUACAGGCUCUUCGCCAAGAGCAUUUUGAUCCACAUGUAAUUGGUUGGACAGUAAAAUACUAUCAACUUGAAGAAAAGAUAGUUGACCUAAUCAUGAACCUAGUAAUUUCCCUUAAGGACCUCCAUUCCAUAUAUACAGUACGUGCUACCAACUUUGCUUCCCAGCUCUCAACCCAGUUUGAGCAAUUUGCACGCAAAGAAGUCCAAGAAUAUCUUAGCAUCUUUGUGGAUGCAGAAGGAAAGGGAAGAGAGAAGAUUGCAGAGCUUUCUAACACCGCUCAGAAAGUAAUUAAAACCUUGAUCACUGCAAUAAAGGAGAUCAUUUCUGAUUAUCAGGAGCAGUUCACAUCUAAACUACAGGAGUUUUCAGACCAAUUCUCUGAUUACCAUGAAAAAUUCAUUGCUGAGUCCCAAAGAUUGAUCGACCUAUCCAUUCAAAACUACCACAUGUUUCUAAGAUAUAUCACUGAGUUUCUGAAAAAGCUGCAGGCAGUCACAGCCAGUGGUGGGAGUCCCUACGUAAAGCUUGCUCCAGGAGAACUUACUAUUACUUACUAAUUUUUUAAAGCAGUCCUCACUUACUGGUGUAUUACAAUUAAACUGUCACACAUAAUGGGCAGGAAAUUCAAACUACUGAUAAAAUAUGCAUUGAGCCAGCCUGCAGCAGGCAACUAAGGACAGGCAGAAGUACCUAUGAACUGGACCUGCACUGGAGCUGGUGGGAGAGCUCUGAAGCUCUCUGAAUUCUGGGGAUGACUUUUUUUUUUCAAGUUAAACAAAACCAGGAUCUGAGUUAUUUUACUGAACUGGGCAGGAGGGCAAAUAAAUGGAUUAUGUAUUGUGUAUCAUACCACUCAA